UUUAUUCAUUCAGUGUACUUGACCAACUUAGAUUAGAAAUUUUCUAAAAUGAAAUUAUCAGUAGUGUUUAGUUUUGUUACAAUUGUAGUGUUAUUUCAAUUUGUUUACGCUGAUGUUAAACCAAUAACGUUAACAGAAGUGGAAAAAAAUUCUGAUGUACAACUUAAACCAGAAACAGUUGUAGGCGAGAAAUUAUUACGUCUACCACGAACUUCAUGGAAGAAACAGAGAUACGGUGGAUCCGGAGGUGGAUGUACAAGUGGAUGUGGUGGAUACGUCGCUCCGCAGCCCCCAUCGACUUGUAAUUCGUGUCAAGGAGGUCGUCAAGUCUAUGGCGGCGGACCAGCAAUAAGUUAUUCUGAAUCACAGUCUAGUGCUAGUUCUAGUUCUGGUUCUUGGGGCAAUGGCAAAAAGAAAUAAAAUUUAAAAACUGAAUCAAAUUUAAAAGUAGCAAUUUAAUUAUUUUUAUAUUAUGUAAAAAUUGGUAAUAUAGUCUAAUAUUUAACUGCAA